UUUCGUUUCUCUCAGCGCCAAGGUUCGAACCUCGCCGGUUUCCUUCUUUUUUUUUUUUUCCUUCCCCAUUUUCAUUUUUCUCCUUCUUCUUCGUCCAGAAAAGCCAUGGAUAAGGAUAACGACGGGUCAUCUGGUCGUCCGAGAACGCAUAAGUUUAUACCGAAAGGUCGCAAAAAGACCAGAGCACCUGUGCCCGCACCUGAGGUUGGUGAUAAUGACGAUGGUGAAGAAGCCAGAAAGGCCGAGGCUCUGUUUCGUCAAUUCAAUGAGAAUUCCCGAAGACGGGGGCCCAAAGUCGAAAAGAAAUCUUCAGUGAGAGUUGCAUUUGGUCCUGGAGCAGAUACAUCCUCAACAUCUAUUAGAACAUAUGGAACUGCAAAGGAUGGUAAUACUGGCAAAAGCAGCAGCUCAGGACUCGAAGACUCUGAUGAUGAUCAAAGUCCACCAACUUUGCCUGAAGUUGGAAAAGAUGUGUCCAUGGAAGAUGCUACUGAUGUAGAACCUCUUCAGACUGUGAAGCAAAGAUAUACAGAAUGUUGGGAUUCUGAGACUACAUACUAUCCUACUACUCUCCCUCUCAGGAAGCCCAACUCUGGAGACCCCGAAGUCCUUAAUGAGAAUGAAUUUGGGGAGGAUGCUGAAAAAGAGUAUGAUGAGAGCACUAUAAACCAUGCUGCAGAACUUGGGCUGCUGGAGGAAAAAGUGGAAGCAAGGAUGUUGUUUGUUCAACUUCCUACCAUUUUGCCACUGACCAAGCGAUCAGCUACUGCAAAGGGAAAAGAGAAAGUUGGAAGCUCAACAUCACUGGAGAGCACAGGUGCUCCAAAGAAGGGGUGUAGUUUGGAGGAGCUGCCUGGUGGAUAUAUGGGUAAAAUGCUAGUCUACAAGAGUGGAGCAAUCAAGUUGAAGCUCGGAAAUACCCUCUGUGAUGUUUCACCUGGUUCAGAUUGUCUAUGUGAUGAAGAUGUUGCGGUAAUCAACACUGAGGAGAAGAGAUGUUGUGUUCUUGGAGGGAUCAGCCACCGAGCUGUAGUAACUCCUAAUGUAGAUUCCCUCCUAAAUGUGAUUAGCUUGGAUUAAGUGCAGCGAUUUUAGUUACCCGAAUUCGAAUUAUGUGCAAAUUGAGGUGUAAAUGGGGGUAAUUAAGCACAUGAGAAACCUGGUAAUGUAGAUCUGUAAAGGAAAGCUUAGUCUGAACAUAUUGCUAGAAUUACUGACGGUUCUACGUGAUGAAAUGUGAACGGCUGUGGUAGGUGCAGCUAGUAGGUGAUAUUGGAUCUAUUUUAACCUUGAGUAAAAAGGCCAGGAUAUUAUUCUCUUUCAA